AUGCAUUUUCAGGAGAUGAUGACCGAAGUACCCUCAGCCUUCAGUCUCGGCAGCGGUCCGAAAAGUCUUGGCAUACCCGAACACGCCACUUACUCCGAAAAUCAAACCACUUCAAUCCAUACCACACACCAGCGGAGCGGGCCGAGCUUACCCUAUCUGAACUUCGCCUCUUCAGCCCGGCAAACCACGCUUGCAGCUUCUCCAAGUUUCCCUGUAACGACAGCGUCAUAUCACGUUUCGACUCCUGAGAAUCCCACGCAGCCUCCUUACUAUCAGCAAGGGGCUGGGUGGGAGCAACAACAACUACCAUCCACGAGCGCCGCCGCUCUGUACAACCGCGAACACACGGCAGUUCCAGCACCUCCGGCUUUGACACCCUACGAAUUUGCGCCUUCGCAUGAUAUUUCGGGUUCUUGCCUUGGUGACGGUAGCACUUACGGAUCGCCACCUGUUGUCCAGAGUCCAAUACAGCCCGGGUUUGGGUUCUUGUGGGCGAACGGUCACCCGCCUAACAGCGUUGGAUCGAACACGCCUUCUCAAAGAGCUAUAGCAUCACCGACUGCGAGAACGUUCGAAUCCAUCAGCGCGCCAUCCGACACUGGAUUUUCGGAUCACUCGGACGGCGUCACUUAUGCAAACAUUGAUGAGAGAGCCAAUCACCAGCAGCAGCAGCAGCAGCAGCAACAGCCGCAGCAACAUCGAUGGGUCCAAACUACUACCGUGUCAAUGGAAGGAUGCAACAAGAGCGAGGACGGUCCGUGGAAUACCGGCGAAAAGAAGGCCUUUGGCCAAAUCAUGACACCGAUAUCUUGCGGGUCACCGUUCAACGCAGCCGCAGCAGUGCCAGCAGUACCAGGAGGUGCUGCUAAGGCCGCGAAAGGGACCGCGUCUGCGACUGCCGCCUUGAGCAAGAACAAAGGAAAACUGCGAAGCGCCUCACGGGCUCCCAAGAACAUCCAACCGCGACCGGAAGAGACGCCGGAAGAGCGAAAGUCGCGCAACUCGCAUAAUUUGGUGGAAAAGCAGUACCGCAACCGACUCAAUGCCCAGUUUGAGAGGCUCCUGGCUGUCCUCCCGGACUCAGUGCGCUCAUCGAUGACCAUGAUCGGCGGCGGUGGCGGGGACCCGGACGGCGUCAACGGCAAUGGUGGUGGUAGCGUUAUACCGGGCCAACACCCUUCGCUUGACUUUAGUAUUGAACGACGUCUGAGCAAGGCCGAGGUGUUGGAUAUGUCGAGGCGGUACAUACUAUCGUUGGAGAAGGAACGGGAUACUCUUGAGAAGGAAAAGGUACAGUUGAUGCAUAGCAUUGAUCAACUGAGGCAAGGCCAUGGUCAUCCCAGCCACGGUGGCCAUGCUGGUGCUAUGUACAUGGUGGAUAGGAACGGAAUACCGAUAGGGCAUGGGCAUAUGAGAGGAGUUGGAGGUUGA